AUGAAGAAUCUGACGCCGUGUCUGUUCUUGCGACUCGCAUUCCUUUACUUCUUUGUUCAUUCUUGUCAAGCCAAAACUGUCACUCUUGAUUUUAAUGUUACAUGGGUGAACGCCAACCCCGAUGGCCUUGCAGAGAGGAAGGUCGUCGGUAUCAACGGGCAGUGGCCACUGCCUGUGAUUGAAGUGGACAAGGGAGAUCAACUUAUUGUCAAUACCUAUAAUGGUCUUGGUGACAGGUCCACUUCGAUCCAUUGGCAUGGUAUGUUCCAAAAUGGAACAAACAACAUGGAUGGAGCAUCGAUGGUGACUCAAUGUCCUAUUCCUCCCGGUUCUUCAUACACCUACAAUUUGACUGUCAACCAAAAUGGAACGUACUGGUAUCAUUGCCACACCGAUGCCUGUUAUCCGGAUGGAUACCGUCAGGCAUUGAUCGUGCACGACAACAGCUCAUACUUCAACGACAUGUAUGAUGAAGAGUUCACAAUUACUUUGAGUGACUGGUAUCAUGAGCUUGUUGAGGACAUUAUGCCGUCGUUCAUCAAUCUGGCCAACCCCACUGGUGCAGAGCCAAUUCCUCAGGCUUUUCUCUUUAACGAUACUAUGAACAGUAGUAUUUCCGUCGAUCCUGGCAAGACCUAUCUAUUCCGUUUGGUCAAUAUCGGAGCUUUUGUUGCGCAGUAUUUCUACAUCGAAGAUCAUACCUUCCGCAUCGUUGAGAUUGACGGAGUAUACACUGAGCCUACCGAGGCCGAUAUGCUCUACAUCGCAGUUGCGCAGCGAUACUCCAUCCUUGUGACCACAAAGAACUCGACGGAGAAAAAUUAUCCAAUCGUGACGGUUGUCGAUUCAGUCCUAUUGGACACCAUCACACCAGACCUCAAACUGAACCAGACAAACUGGCUCGAAUAUAACUCCGCCGCCUCCCAUCCUCAAGCCGUCAUGACUGUGGACGUUGCCUCAGAUCUCAACCCAUACGACGACUUCACACUAGUUCCCUACGACAAGAAGCCUCUUCUACCAGAGGCCGACCUAACCAUUGACCUCACAGUUAUUAUGGCAAACCUCGGCAACGGAGCAGGCUACGCCUUCUUCAACAACAUCUCCUACACAAAGCCGAAGGUACCCACCCUCUACUCCGUCCUCUCAUCCGGAAAUCUCUCCACGAACGCCGAAGUUUACGGAGAAUACACACACCCAAUAGUACUAGGUCACAAUCAAGUUGUAGACAUUGUACUCAACAACGGCGACACCGGGUCCCAUCCAUUCCAUCUCCACGGUCACCAGUUCCAAGUCAUAGAGCGCUUCCCUUCAUACGGAGAGCACUUCUACGACUACGCCGAGAGUGACCCAGUUACCUACGACCCGUCCAACCACGCCGCAUUCCCAGACUACCCAGCGAGACGAGACACCCUCGUUCUGCCUCCGCAGGGCUACUUCGUCGUCCGCUUCGUGGCUGAUAACCCCGGUGUCUGGUUCUUCCACUGUCACAUUGACUGGCACUUGUCGCAGGGUCUGGGCAUGACUCUGAUUGAAGCACCUGAGCAAAUCCAGGAACGCAUGUCCAUCCCAGAGCACCAGUAUGAGGUCUGCGAUGCGGCUGGUGUGAAAUAUGAAGGGAAUGCCGCUGGCAACACGGAGGAUUAUCUUGAUCUUACCGGUCAGAAUAAGCAAGUUCCUUGGUUGCCUGCUGGCUUUACUGCUAAGGGUAUUGUCGCCAUGGUGUUUUCUUGUGUUUCAGCUUUCUUGGGUAUGGCUUUUAUCUCUGUUUAUGGAAUGUCAGGUGUUCAGCAGAGCAAAAAACAAAAGGAGGCUCAGGAAGCGGUGGUCAGCUCAGAGACAUUUUGA